AGUCUCCUAUGUUGUGUGCUUUUUCCCUUCAACUCCAACCAAGACCAGAGCCAACAAUGCAAACUUAUCCCAGGGUCUAUGGCCCUGCCUGUACUGGAGAAAAAGGGGGACAUCAUCUUGGGGGGACUCUUCUCCCUUCAUGACUUGGUGGAGGAGCCCACUCUGCCCUUCACCUCUUCGCCUCCUCCUGAUCAGUGCACCAGAUUUAACUUCCGGACUUUCCGUUGGAUGCAAACUAUGAUCUUUGCCAUAGAGGAGAUCAACAGAGAUGGCAAACUCCUUCCCAACACCACACUAGGCUAUAGGAUCUAUGAUUCAUGCAGUACACCCCAUCAGGCACUGAAGGCUGCCAUGGAGUUAGUGGGGAGUGAGAAGAGUUCAGGGGUUGAAGGAGAGACACAGAGUAAAGGCACCUGUCGUGGGACGGUACCAGCGGUGAUAGGAGACGGAGGCUCUACUCAGUCUCUCGUCGUGGCCCGUUUCCUGGGAGUCUUCCAUGUGCCACAGGUUAGUUAUUUCUCCAGUUGUUCCUGUCUAAGUGACAAAAAGGAGUUUCCUGCUUUUUUAAGGACUAUGCCCAGUGACUUCUUUCAGGUAGAUGCAUUAGUACAACUUGUCAUGCAUUUUGGCUGGACCUGGGUGGGUGUGAUAGCAGGGGAUGAUGCUUAUGGCCUUGGUGGGGCAAACAUAUUUGCCAAUGAGGUUAGAAAAUUGGGUGCUUGUGUUGCCCUUCAUGAGGUCAUCCCUAAGAACCGAGCACAGACCACACUUUCGUCAAUAGUUUCCAAGAUCCGCUCCUCUGGGGCUCGAGUGAUUCUAGUGUUUGCUGUGGAACAAGAUGCAGUCGCAUUAUUUGACGAAGCUCUCAGAGAGGAGCUCACUGGGAUACAGUGGCUGGCCAGUGAGGCUUGGAGCACAGCUGCCGUCCUCUCCACCCCCAAAAAGCACCACCGCAUUCUCCAGGGUGCUUUGGGAUUUGCCAUUCGGCGAGCACGCAUCCCUAGAUUGCAAGACUUUCUGCUUCGCCUGCAUCCCUCGAGCCCACAUGCCCUUGCAGAUCCCUUCCUGAUACCCUUCUGGGAAGAGAUGUUUCAGUGCAGCCUAGGUGUGCAGGCUGAAGGUCAGGAACAUAAUGUUGAGGGUAAACCUCCAUGCUCCGGAGCAGAAGACCUGGGGAGUGUGACGAAUAUCUAUUCAGAUGUGUCACAACUAAGGAUUUCCUACAAUGUCUAUAAAGCUGUGUAUGCCAUUGUUCAUGCACUUAAGGCAAUGAGAAGCUGUGUGAAAGGAAACGGGCCAUUUCCUCAGCAGGCCUGUCCAGAUGCAGACAAUAUACAGCCAUGGCAGUUACUUCAUUACAUAAAACUUGUGGAAUACUUGAACUCCUUUGGCGAUGACAUCAAGUUUGAUGAGAAUGGUGACCCUGCAGCCAUGUAUGACCUGGUGAACUGGCAGCUGAGACCAGAUGGAGAAAUGGAGUUUGUCACUAUUGGCAAAUUUGAUGAGACGACCACAGGUGGAAAGCAAAAACUCCAGAUCCAGGAGCAUAUAAUUGUAUGGAAUGGCAACCAAAGCAAAAUUCCCCUGUCAGUAUGCAGCAUUUGUCCCCCAGGUACCCGGAAGGCAAUCAGACCAAACUUCCCUAUCUGCUGUCUUGAUUGUGUGAUUUGCACAGCUGGCGAGAUUAGCAAUCAAACUGAUGCCAUAGAGUGUGUGCGCUGCCUGCCAGAGUUCUGGUCCAAUACUGAGAGGACAGCCUGUAUCCCCAAACAGGUGGAGUUCCUCUCCUAUAGCAGCACCAUUGGCAUCACCGUGGUGGCUAUUUCCCUCAUUGGCUCCUUCUGCACGAGUGUUGUGGCCUUCAUAUUCUCUUGUCACAGAGCCACCCCCAUUGUCAAGGCCAACAACUCUGAGCUGAGCUUCCUGCUGCUCUUCUCCUUGACUCUGUGUUUCCUGUGUUCUCUGACCUUCAUAGGCCGGCCCACUGAGUGGUCCUGCAUGCUGCGACACACAGCAUUUGGGAUUACCUUUGUCCUCUGUAUCUCUUGUCUUCUGGGGAAAACUAUAGUGGUGCUAAUGGCCUUCAAGGCUACACUGCCAGGCAGGAAUGUAAUUAAAUGGUUUGGGCCUGCCCAGCAAAAGGCAAUCAUUACCUUAUGUACACUGGUCCAGGUAAUAAUCUGCACAGUUUGGCUGGUUGUUGCUCCCCCCACUCCACGCCAGCUAAUGCAACGUAAGAGCAAUCUUGUCAUUAUCUUGUGUGAAGAAGGUUCACCUGUAGCAUUCGCUCUUGUCCUGGGUUACAUUGGCCUGCUGGCCUGCCUCUGCCUUGUCUUGGCCUUCCUAGCAAGGAAACUACCGGACAACUUCAACGAGGCCAGACUCAUCACCUUCAGCAUGCUCAUUUUUUGUGCAGUGUGGAUAGCCUUUGUUCCUGCUUACAUCAGCUCUCCCGGGAAGUACUCCACGGCCACGGAGGUGUUUGCUAUCUUGGCCUCCAGUUAUGGACUGUUGGGUUGCAUCUUUGCACCAAAGUGCUACAUAAUCCUUCUAAGGCCAGAAAAGAACACAUGGAAACGCCUGAUGUCGAAAGCUGCCACUAACAAAUGUUAG